GACAGUGUGAGAUGUAAACGACUGAUCUGCUGUGGCGACCCCUAACGGAAGCAGGAACAAGAAGAAGAAGAUGAUGAUGAUUAUUAUAAGACUCCAUUAAUGCUCCACGCCCUAACAGUUGGUGGCGGUUUGCGGUUUGUCAGUUUGCAAACCGCAAAAAAUACUUGAUAGAAGAAGAAGAUUCAUUUCCGUCGCAGAGCACACGCGCAAGAUAGAAAACUGUAGUCAGAUUCUGCCGCUAAAAUUUUCUUUUAGUAUGUACAUAACUUUGUUGGGUUUUCACACUGUAUAGACAGUUGUUUAACGAGAAGCAAGCCUUUAAAUUUUAACAAUUCGUUCUCACUGUGUCGCUAGUUAGCACACCCGCGCCAGUUAGCAUGGAUUAGCGAGCUAAUUGCCGCACCAAGAUGGACGAAGCUGUGGUCGCGGGGAGCAGAGAGGAUGGAGACGAAAACCUACCAGCUGCUGGAGACCAAGAACUCCGAAACAACGACGGCACGACGGAGGAGAAGACUGAGGACGGUGUUGGGAUUUUCUGCUGUCAAGAAUGUGGAGCAACUUUCAGCGUGGAAGCGGCCUUCUUGGAGCAUCGUCAGCAACACCCCAAAGAAUCCUUCAUAGUGGAUUUAAAUGAACACUCGGGAGGUUUAAGUGCCCCAGAAAAAGAUGACAGAAGAACACAUUUUUGCGUUUCCUGUUCACUGUCAUUUGUUGACUCGCGUGAAUUGCAUGCACACAUGGAGAAGAAUCAUGGUCGGUUGUCCCCAAAAGAGUCUGCUGUUCAGAUGGACUCUGGAUUGAGAAAGCAGCACACCUAUGAAUGUUCAGAAUGUGGGAAAUCCUACGCAGUGUUUGGACAUUUUUUGAACCAUCAGCGCUCGCACAAGCAAGCCUCUCAGUCAUUUUUUUGUGACCUUGAACACUUGAAAAAGAAGCAGUUCCAGUGCGAGUCCUGUGGUCGGAAUUAUUCUCGUGCAUCAGCUCUUGAUGCCCACCGCCGUUGUCAUGAGGAAAAGUUGGUAAAGUCGCGAAACAGGAAUUCAGGACAUGUGUUGCACACUGAGGAGUCUCCAGCUGAAAGUAUACAGAGUGAAAACCAGAUUAACUGUACUCCUGGAAAACGCUUUAUGUGUUUAUGUGGUAAAGAUUUCGCAACACUGCCACGCCUGAAAACCCACCAGCGAUUCAGCCGCAACUGUCAGUGCUCGCCAGAGGAGAAAGACAAAGAAAAAACAAAGAAAAUCAUUGAGUUUUGUUGUAGUGAAUGUGAGAAAUCUUUCAGUAGUCAAACUGCUCUUUUAAGCCAUCAGCGGUGGCAUACUGAUCGUGUUGUGAAAAGAUUUCCAUGUGAAGAAUGUGGUAAACUAUUUAUGACUUUGGCGUUCUGCUACAGGCAUCAGCGUAUGGCGCACGGUGAGACCCCAGUAAAGUCUUUCCUUCAUCAAGUGUGUCAGCUUCAGAAAAAGUCCUUUGAAUGUGAGGACUGUGGGCUGAAGUUUUCCAGGGCUUCAGCGCUUCAUUCUCACCAGCUUUGUCACACCGAUGUUUUCAGAGAAACUGAAAAGGAAACCAAGAAACCUGCGGGUAUGCUACCUCAACAGAAGGCUGCGCAUAGAAAAAGUGAAAACACUGAGAGCUCAGAGGCAGAAGUUAUUUUGGCGAGUAUGCCACCUGCCAAGGCUGAAGAGGACUCUUGUGUAACUGACAGUGAUGUUGAUAUGGACUCUUAUGAACCUGGGGAUUUCAACGUACAGGUGAUCAGUGCAAGCGAAUCUGAAGAUGAGUCUCUUCGAGACCAAAAUCCAGAUCUUGAGCUGCUAUGUGAAUCGGAUCAGGAUUUAAGACUCAAUGCAGAAAAGCCAGAGAUGGAUCUAAAAAUUGUACAGAUUGACUUUGAGCAGGCCGAGGACCAGUCCGCUCUGAUGGCCAAAGACGAGCAUAAACUGACCACAGAGAGGCACGACUGUCCAGACUGUGACCGUUGGUUUUCUAGUGCAUCAUCUUUGCGCGCUCAUAGAAUGUGGCAUGAGAGGAGAAAGAACACUCAUGAUCAGCCAUUAGUACUUAACUCUUGUGACAUCUGUACCCAUAAAACCAGUAGUCCUGCAGCACACUGCACUCACAUACUGAAAAACACAGAUGAUAAUUCUGGCAGGAGUUUAUCAAAGGUGCAGGAAGCUGAGAGGGAAAGCUUGAAGCAUAGUUCUCAGUGUCCAGGUUGCAUGAAGUCUUUUUCACAUGCAGCUGACUUGAUUAAACAUAAGAAAAUUUGCUCUGAACAAAAGAGAGAUAAUGUUUCACAAACAAAAAAAGCAUUCAAUCCAAAGAAAAGCCUUCUAGGUCCCAAGAUUUAUCAUUGCGAGCAAUGUGGAAAGGGUUUUUGGUCUUUGGGCGCUUACUCCCACCACAAACAAGACCAGAAUCAGUGUGCAGAUUUAAGACAAAGAAAAGGUUUCACAGCAUCUUCACACCCUAGUGGUCGUUCGCGUUCUGCUCUUAAAGUUGCGUGUCCUGUAUGUGGCAGACACUUCCGUCAUAGGGGCACAAUGAAGUUACAUAUGCGGAAACACGAAAACGUAAGUCACAAAUGCGACGUGUGUAACAAGUCGUUCCGUCUUUAUUCGGGCCUUCUCAAACACAAGGAUGUACAUAUUGAACAUUUACUCCCACCGCCAAUUAAAUCUUUUCAGCAUCAGGUCGAGCAGUUGCAAAAGAAUACAUACAGUUGUGCCAACUGUGGCAAGCUCUUUUCACGGGCUAAAGCACUUCAGUUUCAUAUGAAAAGCCACGGUUGUGAGACUGAAGACUUGCCAUCAUCACCAAAGUCUGCUGUCACGUUGGAUGAUUUCCAGUGUGCUAAAUGCAAUGCACACCUGAACAACAAGUCUGCAUUGCGUGCCCAUCAUAAAGUAUGUAUCAAAAGAGACAGUACAACCACUGAUUGUGUAAAGGGGAGAUCACAAAAUCAGAAAAAAUGUCUCAAGGGUAAUGGUGAUGCUAGCACAGGAGGUACCUCUGAGGAAGCCGUUGUAGAUUCUGAAAUUAAGUAUGAAGUGGGUACAGGAGAGGUAAAGCAAGAAAAUCAAAUGGCUCUGUGCAAUUUGAAAAGUCCAAGUGUGGAUAGUUUGAAAUACAAAUGCAAACAGUGUGACAGGAGUUUUUCAGUAAUUGGAGCUUUGAAUUUUCAUAAAAGAAUUCAUGUUGAGGACCAUGUGGACCAUGUUUCAGUAACCACAUCUAAAUUGCCUCAGACUACAAUUUUAAAGAAUUCAAAACAGGAAAAAGUAGGUAAAGGAUUGUUUCACUGUUUAGAUUGUGGGAGGUGCUUCAUGUCGAACUCAGCCCUUGGUUCUCACAAAAGGUGGCACGCUGAUAAAAAGCGUUUGCUAUCCUCGCGAAAAGAAAAUGAUGUGAAAUCUGUUAGUCCGAAGACUGAGGCUGGACCUUUUCAUUGCAACAAAUGUGGUAAACAAUUUUUUCACCAGUAUGUUUUGCAGCGCCACCAAACCUAUAACCCCAAGUGUCAAAACAAAACUGACUUAGAGCUUGUAUCAGACCAAAGCAGCACCCUCAAAAAUGUGGAGUUUACAUGUCCAGAAUGUAACAAAACAUUUGCACUUGGUUCACAUCUCGCUGUCCACUAUGAAGAUGAGCACGGUAACACUGCAGAGUCCGUGGACCUUCAAGGAGAUGAACUCCAGCUUGCAUCAGUCCAGGAUCCAGAUGAAGCUGUUCUUGUCCGAGGUAGAAGUGACCGGGAUAUAGAUCAAACUGAUGGUUGCUUUGGUCAGACUGACCAGGUUCCUGACCAAACUGAUGGCUGCCACAGAGAGAGUAACACCAUCUCUUCAGAAACAAAAAUCCACCAGUGUCCUUUCUGUUCUAUGACUUUUACUAAAGUCAGAGGGCUCCGUGCUCACAAAUGGCAGGUGCACUCAAUGAGCACAACAGGCAAGAAUAAAGUUAGUUUGACAACAACCGAUUUCAUUACCUCAACUGGUGAAGUCAACAAGCAAGAAGACUUGUCCCCUGAAGAAGCUGCUGCAGUAUCAAAAACAGGUGCAAAAGAAAACAGUGCGGUUGGCAGAGGAAGCAUGGAAACUGCAUCACAGCUCCCACUUGUGAAAUUGGUCUCGCAUCUUGAUUGUGGGGAGCGGUGCACCUCUCCAAAUGCACUCGAUCACAAAGAGACACGUCAGGAGUCUCAACAUGAUGCUAAAACUUCUGAAUCUAUGGUUGUGAUUCCUCCACCACUUGGUCACCUGUCUGAGUAUGUAGUCAGAUGCCUUUUCAAAUGUGAUAACUGUGGUAAAGCUUUCCAAACAGAGGAACAGCUGGGAACUCAUAAAUCUAAGGCAAAGAGUUGGCCGCAUUGUUGCACCUUGUGCUGCCUUGGCUUUUGGACCGAGACUCAACUGCAGCAGCACCUUGCCUGGCAUGAUGAAGUUCGUUAUCGCCUCCCAAACGAGCUUCGAUAUAGACUUAGCGCAGCUAUGACCUCAAAGCUUAAAGCCAAUGUCCACUCUGCUGACAAAGGGAAGUCCUUUCCAUCUUCUACAUAUAAUCAAGCUGUUCUUAACACAGAUGGCCAAUCACAAAGUAACCAAUGCCAACAUUGUGACAAAACCUUUCUUUCACUAACUGCGUUACAAAAACACGAAGCUCAGCACACUAACAGUGACUCGUAUCGUUGCUCUCUUUGCCCCAGGACCUUCAGUGAAAUACAAGACCUCAUUGAUCAUCACCAGGAAUGUAUCGGUGAUUACAAACACCAGAGUGACACACCUGCUGCUGUCUUGUCAAGAGAUACUAAUAACCUUACUUGCCAUGAAUGUGGAAUGACUUUUUGUCAAGAAACUGCUUUACACCAGCACUAUGUUGAACAUGCCCAUGGAGUUUGGUAGACUAAGCAUCUAAAAUACAUUUUCCCUUUUUUUUUUUUUUUUUUUUCUUUUUUCUUUUAAAUUGUUUAUUGCUGUACUACUUGUGUAUGUUGGACUCCAAAUUCUUUGCCCUUUGUUUAGGUUGAACAGGAUAUUGAUAUCAAUAGUUUUUGCAUUUUAGUUUCAAAGAAACUCUGUUCCUUAGCUUAAUUCCUUGUAGUCAGGUCAUCCUUGAAGGCGGCAGCUUGCGUCAGCAGAUUCAUUCUAACUAUGACUGUUGUAAAAUCCUCUGAUAUGUUUUUGAUGGCUCACAUGGAGGGUCAGAAGAAUCAAGGUACCAGUAGAAAGCUUGGCUCAGUGUUGUCAACGUUGUCAUCCAUUUUUGUUGUUGUUUUGUGUAUUUGUAGAAGAAUUGGUGUAAAUACAGUUCCUUUCAGGGCCAUAGUAAUUAUUAAAAAUCAGUUAAAAAAAAAAAAAAAAAAUACCUGGCCUGUUGAAGCCACCAAACAUGUGACUCUUUAGUAUGGAAUACCUGCACAGCUGUUUCACGUAAAUGGUAUGUGUGUUUUUUUUGUCUGUUGCUGUCCCUUUUUAGAGUUGAAACAAAAGCUUUUUGUGUUCAUUUAAACUAUACAAAUGUGCAGUUACGUGAAGUACGCUGCUGAAUUUGGACUGGACACGUACUGUAUGUACAAAUGUUGCAAAACUGUCUCCUUUUAUAAACUUUGGGGAUUUAAUUUGUCCUUGUUAUGAGGUCCACCUUGAAUGUCACUUGAACAUUAUUAAGCAAAAUCCUUAAGGGAUCACUGGGUGAAAUGUGGUGGUUAUGUGUUCCUCAUGUAAAAAUAAAUAAAAUUUAGACACAUUUAUGCAUGUGAAUAUGCUCUGAAAUAGGAAUGUGCUGUUGAAACAUUUGUUACUGCGACAUUAAGACACUGGAAUAAUUUUGCAACCAUGUACUACACACACUUUUUUCCUUGUAUUUUUUGCAAUUACUUGAAAUACCUGAUGUUUUGAGAAAUGAGGCUUGAUGUCAUUUACCAGAAAUAACAGAUGUCAUGCUUUCUUUUAAUGAUAGACCAAAUUUUAUGUGAAUGUAUUAAAAACUGGGUGAUACUGAACAAUAUAGAGCCACUACCAUAAGUGAAUUUCACAAAUAUUUGUAUGUCACAAUGUGUGUACGCUGAUUUGUAAUUUCCGGUAUUGCCUUCCUUUCCUGUUAGAAUGCCAUUUGCUGCUAAAGCUAAUUUGCUAGUAAGUAUUUGAGUUGUUACAUUGCUAACUUAAUUGCCAAAAAUAUCUUUCCACAAGGUAAAAAGUAUACAAGCUUUUGACUACAUGCAUAACUUGCAGUUUUGCAAAGAAUAAACGUUUUUGUGAAA